UUCCGUCUUCCAGCCGCCCUCACCGCACCCCUUUCCUUCCCAGAGCACGGGAACGCUCCAAGACAGUCAUUAUAUGCCCCGAACAUGAGAGGCUGAAUAUAGAAAGCAAUAUGAUGCUCCAAUACCUCCGCCAGCUCUACUCCCUGGACACGCUCGAUACUCGCUUCGUCGUCCCCGCCACCAUACCCCCCAAGGAAGCUCUCGAGCUUGCAGAACUCGACCCAGCACAGCCUUUGCCGGUUAGGAAUGGACAGGUCAAGGGCAGAGACUCAGCGGAGGCGGUCCAGCCUUCGCGCUGGGAUACGCCGGAGUUCUACUUCUAUUAUCUGGUCAUCCUCAUUUGUGUCCCCCUUAUGUGCAAAGCCGUAGUCGAUGUCUCGAAUGAAUCCCAUCCCAACUACUCUAAAUUCGCUCGUCUGCUCUCGGAUGGCUGGAUACCUGGUCGCAAAGUUGACAACUCCGAUUUGCAGUAUUCCGGCUUCCGGCAGAACAUCCCAUAUCUGGUCAUUGUUGUACUACUCCACCCUCUAUUACGGAAAGCAUACGACACAUUCUGGAGAGCCGACACCUACACCCAGGUACGAUCAUCUCCAGUUGGCCUCACCAUGGGCCUGACUGCUUCCGCUGCUGCGGAUGCUCGUCUGAAUCAGCGAGUCUCUUUCGACAUUCCCUUCUCUGUUGCGUUCCUGGCGGCUCUGCAUGGCUUCUCGGCCUUGAAGAUCGUUACCAUCUUGUACAUCAACUAUUGCAUUGCGAAGAAGCUACCUAGGCCGUACGUGCCUGCGGCGACCUGGAUCUUCAACAUCGGCAUACUGUUCGCCAAUGAGCUGGCUCGGGGUUACUCAUAUGCCUCCAUUCUUGGCGCAUUUCUUUCUCCAACGCCAGCUUCUGAGAAGGAACCACCAACAACGAAUUUCGGACACACGCUUGACAGCUAUGGUGGCCUCAUUCCGAGGUGGGAGGUCUUGUUCAACUUUACCGUUCUGCGCCUAAUCAGCUUCAAUUUGGACUACUACUGGAGCCUGAACUCAAGGACUGGCAGCCCUUUGGAGAAGAAACAGCUCGAUCCCUCCAACCUCUCUGAGCGGGAUCGAGUCUCCAUUCCCGCGAAAGCCAGUGACUUUAGCUUCCGCAACUACUUCGCCUACACCAUGUACUCGCCGCUGUACCUCGCUGGUCCGAUCGUGACAUUCAACGACUACAUGUCACAACUACGAUACCGACCGCACAGCAUCACCACGAAACGGACUCUGCUCUAUGCAGUGCGCUUCAUCAUCGUCCUUCUGACCAUGGAGAUCAUGAUCCACUACAUGUACAUGGUGGCCAUCUUCAAAGCCAGGCCAGAUUGGUCCCAGUACACACCCGCUCAACUCAGCAUGCUCGGCUUCUUCAACCUCAAACACAUCUGGCUCAAGCUGCUCAUACCAUGGCGCUUUUUCCGCCUAUGGGCGCUGCUCGAUGGCAUCGACCCUCCCGAGAACAUGGUCCGCUGCAUGAGCGACAACUACUCCGUCACACAGUUCUGGCGAGGUUGGCAUCGAAGCUUCAACAAAUGGAGCAUCCGAUACUUAUUCAUACCGUUGGGUGGCAGCGCGCUACCAGGCUUCUGGGGAAGGGUCAGAUUGGUCGUGAACUUUCUGACAGUUUUCUCGUUCAUCGCCAUAUGGCACGACAUACAGCUUCGGCUUCUCUUGUGGGGCUGGCUGGUUACGCUGUUUGUACUUCCAGAGGUUAUCGCGUCCAUGGUUUUCCCGGCCCGCAAGUGGAAAGACCGACCAAAUGCGUAUCGUUUCAUUUGCGGUGUUGGCGCGGUGGGCGAGAUACUGCUGCUCAUGGUGGCGAACCUGGUCGGCUUCGCACUGGGGAUGGAUGGCCUUGAAGGUCUGGUCAAGGGCAUUAUGGGAAGCUACUCUGGACUGGCGUUCUUCUGGGGUGCAUGUGGUGCGCUUUUUGUAGGCGUGCAGGUUAUGUUUGAGAUACGGGAGUCAGAGAAGCGGAGAGGGAUCAAGAUGAAGUGCUAGCGUGCUACUUAGAUCCGGUCAAAGAGUACUAUUAUCGCUGUCUUGCUCUUCUCAAUGCUUCUUUCCGCGUUGGCCGUUCAAAAGAUGAGCAAGAGCGCCACCAGCGCUUUUCCAAAAGCCACAAAAAAGCUACCAUACCCUAUAAAAAGGUUCUACUUCUUCCAUGUUAUUCUACCAGCUGUGCAGAAUCCAGCAAAAAUUAAAUCAA